UCCUAUCCAAUCCAAUCCAAUGAAAAACAUUUGGCGCUCCAACAUUCGAAAUGAAAUGAGGGAAGGUGGUGGUGGUGCGCAUAUUUGCCAAUGUUUAAGCCGGAUAUCAACAUUCCGUCGUACUUCUCCGAUCACAAUCUAUGGUAACAGAGUUAACAAUGGACAUCGCUUUGUUGACGCUGUUUUGGACCUUUCUUUCGGACUUAGCCAACUCGGCGUCAAACCCGGUGACGUUGUCGCCAUCUCAGCUUUCAACAGUGAGCUAUAUCUGGAGUGGUUAUUAGCCAUCACAUUUGUUGGGGGAAUAGUUGCAACCCUCAAUUAUCGAUGGAGCUUCGAAGAGGCUCUAUGUGCAAUGCAAGAUGUGAAACCGGUAAUCUUGGUCACUGACAACGACAAUAGCUCUAACUGGCAUUCAGAUUUCCAACCUUGUUCUGUUCAGUCUCUAAAAUGGCAUGUUCUCAUGGACUCCCACAAUAGAUACAGCUCUGCAGAUAACGUACUAACUACCAAUACGCUUAAGACGCCAUCUCCAAGAUCACAUUCAUUCAACUACUCCUUCAAUUGUAAUGGCGCGGCCAUAGUAUGCUUUACUUCAGGGACUACUGGAAGGCCAAAGGGUGUCAUCCUAAGCCAUUCAGCUUUGAUUAUACAAUCUCUUGCCAAGAUCGCUACUAUUGGCUAUAACGAGGAUGAUAUGUAUUUGCAUACUGCUCCAUUAGGCCAUGUGGGUGGGCUAUCAUCGGCUUUAGCCAUACUAAUGGUGGGAGGAUGUCAUGUAUUGACACCCAAAUUUGAAGCCAAGUCAGCUCUUCAAGCUAUUGAGAAAUUUCACGUGACUUCUUUCAUAACAGUUCCCACGAUAAUGUCUGAUAUGAUCUCAUUAGUCAGGACCAAAGAUAAACAACUAGAGUUACCUAUGGUGAAAAAGAUUUUGAAUGGUGGUGGCAGCCUUUCAGCCAAACUUAUAGAAGAUGCAACCAGUAUUUUCCCUAAUGCUAGACUUUUCACAGCUUACGGGAUGACUGAGGGUUGUUCGUCCCUAACUUUCAUGACGCUUCAUGAUCCUACAAAGCAAAUAACUACAGACAGAAAGUUAAGUUUGGUCAACCAAGAGGGUGUUUGUGUAGGAAAGCCCGCCCCACAUGUUGAGUUAAAGAUCAGCACCGAUGGUUCAAGUCAUGUUGGACAGGUAUUAACGAGGGGGCCUCACCUAAUGAUUGGAUAUUGGGACCAGAUUUCAGUGAAAGAAAAUUUUGGCUCUGAAGGCUGGCAUGAAACUGGUGAUAUAGGGCGGAUAGAUGAUAAUGGUAACUUAUGGCUUAUUGGGCGUUUAAAAGGGCGCAUCAAAAGCGGAGGAGAAAACAUUUAUCCUGAAGAGGUAGAAACUGUCAUAUUAAAACAUCCUGGGAUUUCUGCGAUUGCAGUCGUUGGACUUCCAGAUACCCGGCUAACAGAAAUGGUGGUUGCUUGCAUCCAAUUAAACCACAACUGGACAUGGGCAGGUUCACGUUCAGACCACUUGGAAAUAGAUAACCAGCGUAUAUCCAGUGAAACCCUCCAGCAAUUCUGUAGAACAAAUAAUUUGACAGGGUUCAAAGUUCCCAAAAUAUUCAUAAGAUGGAACAAGAAAUUCCCAUUGACAACAAGUGGCAAGUUAAGAAGAGAUCAACUCAAAGGAGAAGUCAUGCUUCACUUAAAAUUACUCCCGAGCAGUUUAUAAGGUGGCCAUUUAUGGCUAUGCCCGGAAUAGGGUAAACAUAUAGGAGUACAUAUCAAUUCCAUUGUUUUCCAUAUAAGGUGAGAAAUUCAUUCUAUCACAUUGUUUAAUACGUUUAUAAGUAUAUUCCCGGAAACUUGUACACAUAACGACUUGUUUUGACGAGUUUUAUAAAAGCUUAUGAGUUCCAACCAGAAA